CUGCCCACUCUUGCAAAACACCAGUGAACUCAGACGGUCGCUGUGCUGCUUCCUGCAUGUUUAACAUACCAGCAAUGGACAAAUUACAUUCUAAUGUUCCCCAAACUUCCUUUAAACCCAAGGUUUACAGGAUACCUGCUCUUUUGUACGUGGGAGAAACGCUUCUGACCUUUGCUGAGCAGAGAACAGAAAAAGCCGAUCAUACUGCAGAAGAGCUGGUUAUGAAAAAGGGAGCACUGCGGAGGGAAACCAGCAAAGUUACGGUUGAGUGGACCGAGCAGAGAGUUGUGGAAGAAGCACACAAAGUGGGACACCGCACCAUGAACCCCUGCCCAGUAUACGACAGGGAAAAUGGAAAGCUUUUCUUGUUCUUCAUCUGUGUGGAAGGAAGCUGUACUGAAUGGUGGCAAAUAGACAAUUACUGCAACAAAACCUGCCUCUGCUACAUCACGAGUGAAGAUCUUGGAGAAACCUGGAGUGGACUGACUGAUCUGACUGAACUUCUACGUAAAGAAUGGGUGACCUUUGCUGUUGGACCAGGUCAUGGUCUUCAAACAGAGAAUGGCAGACUGAUGGUUCCAGCUUAUGCUUAUAUUGGGGUAAAGCCUGUGAAACCUGUUCCCCAUGCUGUCUCCCUGUGUAGUGACGAUUCUGGUGAAAACUGGCAAUUUGGCUCGUUGCUUGAAGGAACAUCACUAGAGUGUCAAAUGGCCGAGGUUUCUGAAGCAAAUGGAAGAUUCAUCUAUUGCAAUGCCCGCAGUGAGGGAGGGCAUCGGGUGGAAGCUUCCAGUGACAAUCUCUUUAAAAUGCUGCGGAUGGCUGUGGGCACGAACAACCUCUGACAGAGGGGGACUAUUUGCACCUUGUCUUCAAUCCACCUUGCAAAUUGGACCGAGCAGAGAGUUGUGGAAGAAGCACAUAAAGAGGGACAAUGCACCAUGAACCCCUGCCCAGUACAUGACAGGGAAAAUAGAAAGCUUUUCUUGUUCUUCAUCGGCGUGGAAGGAAGCUGUACUGAACGGUGGCAAAUAGACAAUUAUUGCAACAAAACCUGCCUCUGCUACAUCACGAGUGAAGAUCUUGGAGAAACCUGGAGUGAACUGACUGAUUUGACUCAAUAUUUACCUGAGCAUUGUGUCACUUUUGCUGUUGGACCGGGCCAUGGUUUUCAAACAAAAGAUAAUUGAUUAAUUGUUCCAGCUUAUGCUUAUAUUGGAGUAAAGCCUGUGAAACCUAUUCCCCAUGCUGUCUCUCUGUAGGGUGACGAUUGUGGUGAAAACUGGCAAUUUGGCUCUUUGCUUAGAGUGAAUUCCUUAAGAGUGUCAAAUAGCCGAAGUUUCUGAUGGAAAUGAAAGAUUCAUCUAUUGCAAUGCCCGCAGUGAGGGUGGAAGCUUCUACUGACAGUAAAUGUUCAUGAUAUAUAGUGAUAAAAAGCUUGUGGAAACAGGUUUUGGCUGUCAGGGAAGUGUGGUCUCCUUCCCAGUUCAAACUGAAGCUGCAGCAGAAAGCGAUUCAACCCAGUGGCUGUUGUACACCCUGGAUCCUUUAUCAUGGACCCAGUGGUUAUUCAGACCUGGCUUACCUUGAUGAUGGUUGGUUUGCAUGUCAGCUUGAAUGUGGGGAGGAGGAAGAAACUGCGGAGAUUGCUUUAUUUUUUUUAACUACAAAAUGACUAAGAAAAUCAUUGUUGCAGUGUUUUUUAAACUCAACUUUAUACAUCAGUUGUACCAAUGAAUGAAGAACAAAAAGAAACUGAGCAGGCUUUAAAGACAUCUCUCUUUUUAUUUAGCUUCUUUUACUUAUACCAUGUGCAUACUCAAACAUACUGUUUAGAACAAUGAUAGUUACAAUCUUUUUGCUGGGAAACAUAGAUAAUCAUAUGAGGAUUUUGUAGAAACAGAUGAUUUUGUAGAAACAGAUGUGUCCUUUCCAUUUCCUGGGUGGAUCUUUCCAGGAAGGGAAUGAUCAAAACUUAUAGGAAGCCAGUGUUUGUCAAUGACAAGGCAGAUAGAUUUUGUUUUUGUAUUAAAAAUGUAGUGAUUUCCUAACAUUAAAACACUAGGACAUUUAACAAUAACUGUGACAAAUACAUGUUCUGUACUUCUAAUAAACAUAAUAAAUGUAUGACUUACAGUGAUAUUUAGUCACAAAGAACGAAAUGUAUGCUGAAAAAUAAAAUCAAAAUGACAACCA